AUGAAAUCGGAAGAAAGAAACUCCAUAAUUCAGAAGAAAACAAAAAGCCAAACAAUUACUAUCAACCUUAGUAGAGACAAAAAAGAAGGAAGAAGAGUUGUGAAGAAGAAUAGUGGUAGUCAAACACAUUCACAAAUAAAGAAACAGGAACCACCACGAAAUCGGAAGAAAGAAACCCUACAAUUCAGAAAAAAACAAAAAGCCAAACAAUUAUCACCAAUCUUAGUAGAGAUAAAAAAGAAGAAAGAAGAGUUGUAG